AUGGCCGCCCCCAGCAGAAGCAGGAACGUGGCUGAAGUGCAGCGUCGCGUGGCGCAAGUGCACCACUGGGCCGAUCUGGAGCAGCAGUUCCGCUUCUACGAUUCCUGGGCCUCCGACUACGAAGAGGAUGUGACAGUGCUGCAGUACCGAGUGCCCAAGUUGGCUGCUGCCUGCCUAAGUUCUGCAUUCCAGGGACUCCUCGGUGAUCUUCUGGUGCUUGACGUCGCCUGUGGCAUGGGACUUGUAGCCCAGGAGCAGCAGGCAAAGGGCUUCCGUUGCCUGCACGGCCUGGACGGCAGCCCCGGCAUGCUGGAACACGCACGCUGGAAGGGGCUGUACCAGGACUUGAAGCAGUGCAUGCUGGGCCAGGACGCCUUGCCAGACCCAGCAGGUUGCUACGACGCUGUUCUGAUUGUGGGUGCGCUCAGCGAAGGACAGGUGCCUGCCGAGGUGGUCCCCGAACUGCUUUGCGUUGCCAAACCAGGGGGCUACCUGUGCCUGACCACGCGGGAGAACCGGACCAACCUGCCGUACAAGGCCCGGCUGGAGCAGCUGAUGGACGACCUGGAGCAGCGGGGAUUGUGGGAGAAGGUUGUGAUGCAGGAAGUGGGAAACUGGGAGAGGGCGAAGUCGGAGGAGGAAGCCGAGCAGGGCUUGGACUAUAUCUCUGGCGUGGUCUAUCUGUAUCGGAAGAAGGCCGACCCCAGCUAGCGAGAAGGAAUCAUGUCCUUCUGCUCCAGGGUUGACUGCAAGGGGUAGUGGGUGCCCCCCCUCCCCACAAUAUUUCCCGGUCUCCCUUCCACCCAACAAAUUGUCUGACA